AUGGGGGCCAAAUGCUGCUCCCUCUGCUCCAUCUGCUCCAUCUGCUCCCUCUGCUCCAUCUGCUCCAUCUGCUGCUGCUGCUGCUCGGGUAGCAAGGGGAGAGGCGAGACGAGGCGGUCGGAGGGAGACGGCGCCGCGUGCGAGGACAAGAAGAGCAGCGAGAGGUUCCCCGCGCCGGGGAAGAAGCAGGUCCACCACAACGAAACCUUUGACAACAUCUACGAACACUCCCCUGCGCCUGCACGGUCACCGACGCCGCCGCCGCUGCCGCCGCCGCCCUUGCCCGAGCGCCGCCGCUACGUGGCGCUCCGAGCCUUCGAGUCGCCCGAGUCGAACGUCCUGAGCGUGGCCGAGGGCGCCGCGGUCGAGGUCCUGGACUGCGACGUCGCGGCCGGGUGGUGGUGGUGCAGGGCGGGAGGCGACGGCGGGGAGAUGGAGCGGAGGGCCGCCCCGACGCAGCGAGAGGGCUUCCUGCCCGCGUCGCUCGUGGCUCCCGUCGACAGCGUGGAGGCGCAGGAUUGGUACUUCGGGUCGCUGUCUCGGUUCGAGAGCAGCUCGCGGCUGCUGGGGAACCCCGUGGGAACCUUCCUGGUUCGAGACGGGGGCGUGGUGCUGGUGGCGCCCGGCGAGGUGAAGAACUACCGCGUGCACCGCUCGGACGAGGGCUUCUACAUCAAGCGCGGCAAGGCGUACGCCAGCGUGCAUGAGCUGCUGCUGCACUACCACGCGCGCGACGGCAGGCAGCUGCCCGUGCUCACGCAGCCCUGCGCCAAGGAGGUGCAGUCCGACGUGAUGUCUCCGCACCCCAAGUGGGCCGAGUGCUGGGAGGUGAACCCCUCACACCUGCAUCGCGUGCGGACACUCGGCAAGGGCCAGAGUGGCGAGGUGUGGAAGGGCGUCUACCAGGAGCGCUACCACGUGGCCGUCAAGACCCUCCACCCCGGCCUGCCGGUGGAGGAGCUGCACAGGGAGGCGCAGAUCAUGAAGACGCUGUCGCACGAGAACCUGCUGCGCCUGUACGCAGUGUGCGUCCACGAGGGCCACGUCUCGCUCAUCACGGAGCUCAUGCGCGGCGACCUGCAGGCCUUCCUGCGCAGUGAGGAAGGCCGUGGGCUGCACCUGUGCGAGCUGCUGCACCUGGGUGCACAGGUGUCGAGCGGGAUGGAGUACCUGGCGGCGCGGGGGUUCGUGCAUCGUGACCUCGCCGCGAGGAACGUGCUCGUCGAUGCUUCGCUGCGCUGCUGCAUCGGCGACUUCUCGCUCGCUCUCGCACACGCCCAGAGCUCACCGAUGGGGAAGAUCCCCACGCGCUGGACGGCCCCAGAGGGCCUCACCGGCCAAUGCUUCACCACCAAGUCCGACGUGUGGUCUUUCGGCGUGCUGCUUUACGAGAUCUUCACCUUCGGACAGCGUCCCUACUCACACAUUCGCAACAACCGGGACGUGCAGGUGGCCGUGCUGUGCGGGUACCGCCUCCCGCAGCCGGCGCGGUGCCCCUCGCCCGUCUACGCCACCAUGGUGGAGUGCUGGAGCGAGCAAGAGGAGGCGAGGCCGUGCUUCUCGGUGCUGCGGGAGCGCCUGCAAGCGCUCCUGCGGCUGGAGCAGGACAACGAGGAGUGA